AUGCAUCGGCAGUCCGUGGCCCGUCUAGCUGGCCAUGGCCGCCUAGCUCUGGCAGAAUUGCCUCCACCCUACCUGGCACCAUCUCUGCAUUUCCCAUCGAGCCGGUCGGCCCAGUCCUCGAGCUUUUCGUCAACAGCCAUUGCUGCACGCGACCUGAACAGAAACCGAGCCGUGUCAGCCAUCCAUCGGACUGGUCCCAGAUACCCUCUGAGUGUGUCGAAAUACCCAUUGCCGAAGCCGGUUUCACCUAAAGACAUGAAGCCCCGAGACCCCAACCCCAACCACGGCCUCUGGGGCUUCUUCCCGCCCAACCACGAGGCAUUGAGCGACCCGGAAUACGAUAUGGAUUUCGGUCGCCCGUGGGCCAUCCAAGAACUCCGCGAGAAGUCCUGGGAGGACAUCCAUUCCCUGUGGUGGGUUUGUGUCAAGGAGCGCAAUCGCAUCGCCACAUCAAACUAUGAGAGGGAGCGAUUCAAGCCUGGAUACGGUGCACACGAGUCCGAGGAGCGGGACAAUGCGAUCCGACGUACUAUGGAAGCGAUCAAGUAUGUCCUCCGUGAGCGGUGGUACGCCUAUGAGGAUGCGAAGCAGCUGUACGCCAAGGGCUAUCGCCCGGAGAGCAGCAUCGAGAGUGAGGAGGCCUUGUAG